AUGACCCGCACCUUCUGCUUGAGCUCCCUCCUCUUCCUCCUGCUGCUCUCCCUCGCCGCCCCCGCUCGCGCUGAACCUCGGCGGACCACGUCCGCUCAACACAGGACGCCUCGCGCACCAGCCGCCAAGGUGCGUUUGGCGAGUAACUACGCACGUGAACCACACGAAGGGCGCGUGGAGGUGCUGCACAACAACACCUGGGGGACCGUCUGUGAUGAUGAAGUGGAUAUCAAACUUGCUAACGUGGUGUGCCGAGAGCUGGGCUUCCAGGGUGGUUUAACGUGGGCACACAGCGCCAAGUAUGGAGAGGGACAGGGCCCAAUAUGGAUGGAUAAUGUACGCUGUGAUGGCUCAGAGAAGUCCCUGAAGGACUGCAAACACAAUGGCUGGGGGGUGAAUGACUGUAAACACUCUGAAGACUUGGGGGUGGUGUGCACCCCUGAGCGCAGGCUGGAUGAGACCGCUAGCAGAGGGUACACUGCCAUCACCAGAUCCAAUUACAGCCCCGCACCUCAGUGGCAAGGCCACGUAACCACCCGCAGGCAUCCAGGAUAUGGCUAUUAUGGCAACGGACAUCAACAUGAAAUACCCAGAUACCAAAGACAUCACUACCAGGGUCGAGGCAAGGUGCAAAUCGAGGAGGUCCGCCUUCGUCCAAUCCUCAUGGCUACCAAGAAGAAGAGCCUGAUCACAGAGGGUGUGGUGGAAGUGAAGCAUGCUGGGAGAUGGAGGCAAGUUUGUGACUUGGGUUGGAGUCUCAACAGCAGCCGGGUCGUGUGUGGGAUGCUUGGUUUCCCAGAGGCUGCUCAGCAUAACGUCAAAACAUACAAGAAAAUAUGGGACACCAAGGUUGCAGAUCCUUCAACGAGACUGAGCUUCAUGGCAAAGAAAAAGGGAUUCUGGGUAGAGAAAAUCCACUGUCGGGGUAUGGAGAACUCCUUGUCAGAGUGCCUUGCUCAGCUCUCGAUCCCCCGUAGUCCCACACCUUGUAAGAACGGGAGACAUGCAGUGGUCAAAUGUGUACCAGGACCUCAGUUUGCUCGCAUCUCUUCAGGAAGACCCCAGGCCCCUUAUCCAGUUGUGCCGGUGCGUCUGAAGGCUGGUCCCCGACUCGGUGAAGGGCGUGUGGAGGUGCUCAGAGAUGGAAAGUGGGGUACUAUUGUGGAUCACAUGUGGGAAAGAACUGCAGCCAGCGUGGUGUGCAGAGAACUGGGCUUUGGUACUGCCAAGGAUGCCCUGCAUGGAGCCUUCAUGGGUCAAGGUACUGGACCUAUCCAUAUGAACAGCGUGCAGUGUAUGGGAUCAGAGCGCUCCAUCCUGGACUGCUACUUCCAGGAGGUCCAACCAUGGACGUUUAAACACAGUCAGGAUGCAUCAGUACGCUGUAAUGUCCCAAAGACUGGCAUAGAAAAGACGGUGCGGCUCACUGGUGGUAGGAUCCCAUCAGAAGGUCGUGUGGAGGUUUUGAUGGAGAUAGGUGGGCGAAAGCGCUGGGGCGGUGUCUGCAGUGAGAACUGGGGCAUCAAUGAGGCCAUGGUGGUGUGCAGACAGCUCGGCCUGGGCUUCGCUGCCAGCGCUCACCAGGAGACCUGGUACUGGCCUGGUGACCAAAGUGCAGCUGAAGUGAUUCUUAGUGGGACGCACUGUGUGGGCACUGAGCUUUCAAUUCAGCAAUGCCGGCGCAACAACCAUGUCCACUGUCCUCGAGGAGGGGGAACCAAGGCAGCUGGGGUCAGCUGUUCAGACACUGCCCCUGACCUUGUCCUGGACGCCCAGCUGGUGCAGGAGACAGCCUACCUGGAAGACCGACCUCUCCAUCUGCUCACCUGUGCAAACGAGGAGAACUGUCUGUCCUCAUCUGCUGCCAGGAUGAACUGGCCGUAUGGCCACCGGCGCCUGCUGCGCUUCUCAUCCCGAAUCAUGAACCUUGGUCGAUCUGAUUUCAGACCCAAAGCAACAAGAGAGAGCUGGACAUGGCACCAAUGUCACAGGCACUACCACAGCAUCGAGGUGUUCACACAUUACGACCUGCUGACUCUGAACGGCACCAGGGUUGCAGAGGGACACAAGGCCAGUUUCUGUCUGGAGGACACGUACUGCCCCGAUGGAAUCCAGAAGCGGUUCUCCUGCUAUAACAUGGGUGAUCAGGGCAUCUCUGUGGGCUGCUGGGACACAUACCGACAUGAUAUUGACUGCCAGUGGGUCGAUGUGACAGAUGUGCGUCCAGGAGACUACAUAUUCCAGGUGGAAGUAAAUCCUUCAAUGGACAUGGCUGAGUCUGACUUUUUGAACAACGUCAUGAGAUGUCGAUGCAAGUAUGAUGGCCACAGAGUUUACAUGUAUGGAUGUCAUGCAGGUGAUGCAUACAGUGCUGAAAUUGAAGACCUGUUCGAGCACCAGAGGCAGAUCACCAACAACUUUGUGUAGCCCGUUCAGGGCCCAGAACAAAGGCCUUCAUGUGGGGCCCCGAGACUUCUCAGGAUGGGCUGAGGUCGAUGGCCCUCAGGACCUUGGGACCCACGAUAACACAACACAAAACGGCACCUGUUCACUUCAUUCGUAGAUGUGGAUAAAGAAAAACAUAACAUCACAGAAGUGACCUUAGCAUGGACUCUGUUGACAACGACAGUGGAACAGGUGCAAGAUGGCUCAAGAUGAUAUUUUACUCUACUUACCAAAGAAGAUUUUGGAUUUUGAUAUAACUGUACUGAUUUUUGUGAAUGUUGAUGACUUGUAACUUAAGAUGGUUAUUCAGAACAUAUAAGCAUGAACGAUCGCUACAUUACUACAAAUAAUGCGUCACAAAGACAUGGGGGAGCGAGGGCUGUUGGGAAGUGUAACUCUUCCAGUGUGAUUUAAGAGAGUCUAACAAAAAUGAGGAUUACAGUUAGUUUCUGUUGCAAGAAGAGGAUUUAAUGCACUUGUAGCAAAUUAAUAUAAUUGGCUUUUUUGUUUUAAAUAACAUAUUUUUUCUUAAUGAAUCGUUUGUAACUUCUUUUGCAUAUCUUCACAUUGGUGCUCUCUAACAAUACUGUAUCUAGUUUUAUUAACCUCACUCUGUUUCAGGUGACCAGUGUUGUAUUUUGAGCUGUUACUUUUAAUGAUUAUCUGGUAUUUUAUUUUUGCUUUGGCUUAACAAAUUCCUUUAAUUUUAUUUUUUAUAAAAUUGUAGUUGUGCUAAAAGUUUUGCUUCUCAUCUAGAGUAGUCAAGGAGAGGUUAAAUGUUUUUUUUAAUGGAACAAAGCACUUUAUCUUUUAAACAUCAGUAUUCCAGUUUUGCCCCCAGAUGCAUUUUUAACCAGCUACCAAAUUGACUCACAACAGUACUUUGUUUUACAAAGCAAGCUUUGUGUUUAGCUUUCAUUUGCAAUGUUCUAUUUAUGCUGUAAUUUUAUUUAUUCACAGACUUCAAACAUACACAGCGAGCUCUGUAAAGAUUUUGCAAGCUAGACGUUAAUCAAGAAAACGGUUUUUGUUUAAAAGAUUAUUAGCCAGUGAAGAAAUUAUUUCAUACUACAGUUACAGGACCUAGUAUUAAAACAGUCCUGUUAUGCAGCUGAAUAAUUGUUCAUAUAUUUUAUUUUAGUUAUUAAAACAACUGUAACUGUAUGGAUUUUCUCUCCCAGCCUUUCUGAUGGGAGGGGAAACUGGUGAAACCACAGUUUUGUGGUAGGCAGGCAGGCAGGGUUUAGAGAGCAUAUAAAAAGCCUUUUAAUUACGUCUGUUUGGGUUAGACUUAAGGUUACGGUUAAGGUUAGGGCUAUAGCAUGUGCUUUAUGAAGAAACACUAUUGAAUUGUUGCUUGUGGAAUCAGAGUAACAGCAAGGAUCUGGGUUUCCUUCUUUAGACGAACUACGAGGAAGAUUCCUAGUUUCUGAGCGAUCUGGUGACGAGGGUGGAGAUUGAAAGAAGUAGAAAGUCAGAGACAGAAAGAGAGAAUGGGAUGAAGUUUGGAGAAAGACUUACAGUUUUUACUACCAGAGCUGCCUUUUUUUUGUAGGCAGCCAUACAGAGACCACAAGCUGGCAUUUUCAGCUCCCCAACAAGAACAACUUGUUUGUCUGGGACAAAAAAUAAACCCCUAGAUUCAUGCUUAGGCCCGGUAAACAGUGGCCUUAUUUUAACUAAAGCUGGGCCUGCUUAAAUAUAUAAAUAUAUAUUUCCUGCACUUUUUUUGCUUACUUUUUAGCUCCAACAGUCCAGCUCCAUUUACUUUACAACAUGGAACUUGUGUUAAUCAUGUUGUUUUACCACAUUAAUGUGUUUGAUGUGUUUGGCUUAUUGUCUCAGUGGUUGAAAACCUGUUAAGAUGGUUUUGCAGUGGAAUCUUUUCAAGGACAAGUGGUGGAAACAAAACAUCACUUUUAAAGACAAAUGGAGACUUAAUUAGUUUCUUUAACAGACUUUAUUCCUCCUUACUGUCUUUGACUCUAUAAAAAAAGUUAAGACUGUAGCUCUUUCUAAUAAUCAUGCACACCUUACCAAACACAGGCAGCCAAAUUACUACAUGUCUGAUAAAAUGUCAGGAAACAGAUCUGAAAGUCUAUAAUAAGUGUUUCCUGAUGUUAUAUUUUCUUUGUUUGUGCUUGUGUACAGUUGCUUUUGGCAUAUUUCAAUGAUCUGUUGUGUGUUAUUUAAACUAUAUUCCAUAGGCUAACUUGGUUCAUACUCACCACUGUUUUUGCAUUACUGUAUUUGUACCCAGCACAGCACUGGGACAUUGUUUUCCAUGGCCAGUUCUGCUUUUCUUUUGUCUUUAAAGCUGAGAGUGUGAGCUAUGUGGUGCUUAUCUACAAUCACAUUCACAGAAAGCUGUGCUCUCAGGGACUUUGACCUCAUCUUAAGAGUAAAAAUGAAAAUCAUAUCAAAUGAUUUAGGGUUGCUUAUAGCUGUGAUGCCUCCAUGUUGACACCAAAUGAACUGGUUGUUUCUGAGAACAAUCCUAUGAUAAAGGGAUCUGCAGCCACAUGUUUGUUUUGCAGGUAAAAAUUGAAGGUAUGAUAGUGAUAAGCUUUAUGUUAUCAGGAAGAAAGCGAUAUCUGUGGAUAGACACUGGCUGAAUCAAAAGCAUAUUUCA